CUCUUCCCAGCUCCCCCCCCGAGCAACAUGGCAGUCGGCAAGAACAAGCGGUUGACCAAAGGCGGCAAGAAAGGGGCCAAAAAGAAGAUUGUGGAUCCUUUUUCCAAGAAGGACUGGUAUGAUGUUAAAGCCCCAGCCAUGUUUAACAUUAGGAACCUGGGGAAAACUCUGGUGACCAGAACCCAAGGAACUAAGAUUGCCUCAGAAGGCUUGAAAGGCCGUGUGUUUGAGGUGAGUCUUGCCGACUUACAGAAUGAUGAGGUGGCCUUCCGCAAGUUCAAGCUGAUUGUCGAAGAUGUUCAGGGCAAGAACUGUCUAACCAACUUUCAUGGCAUGGACCUAACACGUGACAAGAUGUGUUCUAUGGUCAAGAAGUGGCAGACCAUGAUUGAAGCCCACAUUGAUGUCAAGACAACAGAUGGAUACCUGUUGCGUCUCUUCUGUGUAGGAUUCACCAAGAAACGGAACAAUCAGAUCCGGAAGACUUCCUAUGCUCAACACCAGCAGGUCUGCACAAUCCGCAAGAAGAUGAUGGAGAUCAUGAUGCGUGAAGUACAAACAAAUGAUCUCAAAGAGGUUGUCAACAAGUUGAUCCCAGACAGUAUUGGUAAGGACAUUGAGAAGGCUUGCCAGUCAAUUUAUCCUCUCCAUGAUGUAUACGUUCGGAAAGUCAAGAUGCUUAAAAAGCCCAAGUUUGAAUUGGGCAAGCUGAUGGAGUUGCACGGUGAAGGAGGAAGCAUCACAAGCAAACCCUCUGGGGAGGAAACUGGUGCUAAGGUUGAUCGAGCUGAUGGAUAUGAACCACCAGUCCAAGAAACUGUCUGAAAAUACAUUUUAAACUUGUGUAAUAAAACAUCCAAAAUCU